AUGGCAGACGAACAUACACCCUCUACUGUGGAUUCCGUCGUCAAUGAAGACCUCUUGCCUUUCGACUUCGACAAGGAGAUUCCACGCUACAUUCAGAAACGCGAUGAAGCUGGUAUCAAGCCCCGCUCACUGGGGGUCGUUUUCAGAAACCUGCGCGUAGUCGGCCUGGGAGCUAUUGCAUCUUAUCAACCAACGCUUGGUUCAAUCUUGAACCCGCUCAACAUUGUUGGAAAGAUCAAGAACGUUCGCCACCCUCCGAUCCGGGACAUUCUAAGUGGCUUCGAAGGCGUAGUGCGACCAGGAGAGAUGAUUCUCGUCUUGGGCCGACCCGGUUCCGGAUGCACCACUCUCCUCAAAACCCUCGCCAACCAACGGAAAGAAUUCUACUCGGUUGAAGGCGACGUUCGCUAUGACUCCCUCUCACCACAAGAGAUGAGCGCCAACUUCCGGGGCGACAUCCGAUACUGUCCUGAGGAUGACAUUCACUUUCCGACACUCACGGUCGAUCAAACCCUCACGUUCGCAGCGGCAUCUCGGACUCCCCUCCAGCGCCUCGGCGCGACGAGGCAGCAGUUCGCACACGUCCUGACGCAAACUUUGUUGGCUGUAUUCGGACUGAGACACGCUAAGAACACCCCGAUUGGGGACGCCAUCAUUCGUGGGGUUAGUGGUGGAGAGAAGAAACGUGUUUCGAUUACGGAGGCUUUGGCUAGUAGGAGCCCUAUCGGUGUAUGGGACAACUCAACAAGAGGUUUGGAUUCUAGCACAGCGCUAGAGUAUGUGCGCGCCCUCCGCCUUGCGACGGACACCUUCAACUUGACCACCAUCGUCUCCUUCUAUCAAGCUGGAGAGUCCCUUUACAAGCACUUCAACAAGGUUUGUGUCAUCCACGAAGGUAGAAUGGUGUAUUUUGGUCCUGCAGACAAGGCCAGGCAGUACUUUAUCGACAUGGGAUACGAACCAGCAAACAGGCAAACAACCGCCGACUUUCUCGUCGCCGUCACCGAUCCCAAUGGCCGAAUCCCCCGUGCAGGUAUUAGUACUCAACCGCGGUCAUCCACAGAAUUCGCAGACUAUUUCCUCAAGUCGAACAUUGGUGCUCAGAAUCGCCAAGAGGUUGAUUCGUACGUGGCGGAGUUUGUAGGGAAACCUGCUUUGGCGGAGGCCUACAAGGAAAGCGCUCAGGCGGAGUUUGAGGGGGCCAACAGGAUGAAGAGCCCAUACUUGCUAAGCAUCCCCCAGCAGGUUCGCGCUCUCAUGAGGCGAAGGGUUCAGAUUAUCCGGGGCAACCCGCUCGUGACCUUUAUCCGUCUCUUUGCCAACGUCUUCCAGGCUCUCAUUAUGGGCAGUGUAUUUCUGAAGAUGCCCGAGGAUACAGCAAAUUUCUAUUCGCGGGGUGGCAUCCUGUUCUUCUCUCUGCUUUUCUCCGCUUUGACAGCCUUGGCUGAAAUUCCUGCGCUCUAUUCCCAACGCCUCAUCGUCGUACGGCAUGAACAAGCGGCUCUGUAUCACCCGUUUGUUGAAGCUUUGGCCCUCACAUUGGUUGAUAUCCCGCCGACGUUAUUCAUCGUUAUUGUGUUCACGAUCGUUUUGUACUUCAUGACUGGCCUUCAAAGAACUCCGGGCCAAUUCUUCGUAUUCCUUCUCUUCUUGUUCUCCGAGGCGGUUACGAUGAAGUCAUACUUCCGCGCCCUCGCCGCCGCGUGCAAGACCCAAGACGCCGCACAGGGAAUUGGAGGUAUCUCCGUUCUAGUACUUGCUAUCUAUGCAGGCUAUAUCAUACCAAAACCCUCUAUGAUUGGGGCUUUGCGAUGGCUCAAUUAUAUAAAUCCACUUCGAUAUGGGUGCGCUUUUCUGCUAAGGUCAAUUCCAAGAUCUAAUAUUCUUCAAAGAUUUGAAGCUUUGUUUACCAAUGAAUUUCAUACUAUUCGCGGCAAAUGUUCUUCUCUUGUUCCGCAAGGUCCGGGCUACCCGAAUGUCAGCAUUGAAAAUCAAGUUUGCACUGUUGUCGGAUCCCAGCCUGGCCAGUUGUACGUCGACGGUAAUCUUUUUGCAGGAUUGUCGCAUGAAUAUUAUUGGUCCAACGCGUGGCGGAAUUUUGGCAUUGUGAUCACUUUCGGGAUCGGUUUCACCCUCGCGCUACUGGUGUUCACGGAGUAUAAUACCUCAUCAGCAUUCGCAUCACCUGUUAUUCUAUUCAAACAAGGUUCCGGUGCUAACAAACUCUCCACCCCCAGUGACGAAGAGUCCGUCAAUGAAAAAAUCUCAGAUACCACCGACGAGGAUGAGAAGCCGCUUAAAACGACCAUCAACAGUUCGCCAACGGCUGACGUUUUUACCUGGCAACACAUCAACUAUACGGUGCCGAUUCCGGGAAAUGAAGUGCGGCAGUUGCUUUCUGACGUUUCGGGAUAUGUGGCGCCUGGAAAAUUGACCGCCUUGAUGGGAGAAUCGGGUGCGGGGAAAACGACCCUUCUCAACGUCUUGGCGCAGAGAGUUGACGUUGGUGUCGUGACGGGUGAUAAAUUUGUCAAUGGGCAAGCCCUCCCCGCCGAUUUCCAGUCUCAGUCAGGGUAUUGUCAGCAAAUGGAUACACACGUACCUACCGCCACAGUUCGUGAAGCGCUUCUCUUUUCUGCGAAUUUGCGACAACCAAAAUCUGUUCCUCUGUCGGAAAAGGAGGCUUACGUUGAGGAGUGCCUCAAGAUGUGUGGACUUGAGCGAUACGCCAAUGCUUCAGUUGGUUCAUUGAGCACCGAGCACAAAAAGCGCACCACUAUCGGCGUCGAACUUGCCGCCAAGCCCAAGCUUCUGCUAUUUCUCGACGAGCCAACGUCUGGUCUUGAUUCACAAAGUGCAUGGGCUAUCAUUCUAUUCUUGAGAAAGCUCGCAGACAGCGGUCAGGCAAUUUUGUGCACGAUCCAUCAGCCCUCCGCAGAAUUGUUCCAGGUUUUCGAUAGAAUGUUGCUACUUCAAAAGGGUGGUCGAACGGUUUACUUCGGUGACCUCGGGACCAAUGCCAUCACCCUCAUUGAUUACUUCGAACGUCAAGGAGCUCGUCGAUGUAAAGCCGACGAAAAUCCUGCGGAAUACAUGCUGGAUGUCAUCGGCGCUGGUGCGACCGCUACUAGCGGGGAAAAUUGGCACGAGCUGUGGCAAGCAUCUAUCGAAUCCAAGCGCGUCCAACAAGAAAUCGAAACAAUCCAUAUUGAAGGACGUAGCCGACCAGCGGUCGAAGCGUCGAUUCGCACUGAAUUUGCCACACCUUGGCUCUACCAGACAACCCAACUUUUAAAGCGUGAUGCUCAGGCCCACUGGCGCAAUCCGACUUACCUGAUGGCGAAACUUAUUCUCAACACCGUCGGAGGGCUUUUUAUAGGAUUCACCUUUUUCCACUCAAAGGACAGUCAGCAAGGAACGCAGAAUAAGCUCUUCUCAAUAUUCAUGGCGACCAUCCUUAGUGUCCCGCUUUCUAAUCAGUUGCAAGUACCUUUCAUCGCCAUGCGAACUGUCUACGAAACAAGGGAACGUCCUAGUCGGAUGUACGGUUGGACCGCACUGGUCACAUCUCAAGUCUUCGCAGCGAUUCCUUGGAAUAUUUGCGGGUCCACCUUAUUGUUUUUGACGUGGUUUUGGACAGUCGGUUAUGAAUCUUCAAGGGCGGGUUAUACGUAUCUCAUGUUGGGCGUGAUCUUUCCCCUUUAUUAUACCACCAUUGGACAGGCAAUUGCAGCAAUGUCACCGAGCGCAGAGGUAGCAGCCCUACUUUUUUCUGUUCUAUUCUCAUUUGUGAUUAUCUUCAACGGGGUACUGCAGCCUUUCAGUAAUCUUGGAUGGUGGCGCUGGAUGCAUCGCCUUUCUCCAUAUACCUACCUAAUCGAGGGUUUGAUGGGUCAAGCUAUCGGCCAUCAACAAGUCCAGUGCUCAGCGGUCGAACUUGUCACCAUCACUCCGCCGUCUGGUCUGACGUGCGGGCAGUACAUGAACCGCUUCAUCUCAGUCGCAGGCGGUUACCUGACAAAUCCAGAUGCCUCCUCUUCGUGUGAGUUCUGUGGAAUCCACACUACCGACCAACUACUAGGAAGGGUGUUUGAUAUUUCGUAUAACCACCAUUGGCGCAAUGUUGGCAUAAUGAUCGCGUUUUUCUUCUUCAACUUUGCCUGCGUUUACCUUUUCACCUACAUUUUCCGGAUUCGUAGAGGUAAACUUCUGCCAUCUCGUUCUUCCAAGAAGCCAUAG